UCCAUUGAUGUUUGUUCAAGACCACAAUCAGAUUUUUAUUCCAGGAUGAAUGUUAUGGUUAAACACAGAUGAAAUCAAGCAGACAUCUUUUAUCAUUUGGCCCAAAAAGAAAAACAUCCAGCACUAAUGUGGCUGAGAACCAUCUGCCCAUUGGUGCAUCUGAAGAACAUGAGAUGCCAAUGAGAAAGAAAAGGAGGACAGAGAGUUUUGAGAAGCUGUUGUCUCUUAAAUCCAUUAAAUGGAGCUGCGGUUCAGACCAGGCGAUGAUAUAUGAGAGACAAGUUGAUGAUCAUAUUUCUCUGCAGUCCAUUGCCUGGUCUGUAGAGGAUUCUCUUUCCAGUGAUCUUGAAGACCUUCCUCCUGUAGAUCAGCAGGUUCAAAGCCCUCCAGCUCCAGUACACCACAGUCCAGUCAGUUCAGCCUCAGCUCACAACAACAGAGUGGACUUGACAACUGACGAUGACUUUCUGAGCUGUUAUGAAAUCGGCAAAAUGCUUGGUGAGGGAGGAUUCGGCUGCGUCUAUGAAGGGAAACGCUUGGAGGAUGGCCUAGAGGUUUUCUUACAAUAUUUAACUACUUUAUGUUCUCUCACUAUGACCAUCAUAGUGUCUAUUAUCACUCGUAUUCUGUGCACUUGCCAUGUUUUAAAUGUAAUGUUUUGUUUUAUUAUCCAGGUGGCAGUGAAAAUAGCCAGCAAGCCAAGGAACAUGAAAUACAUCUACGUUCCCGGUCAUCAUGCACCCCUUCCGUCAGAGGUCGGCCUUUUACUCCUUGUUAACAAAGAGCCCAGAGCUCCAGAGAUCAUUACGCUGCUGGACUGGCAGGACCAGCCUGAACGUUACAUCCUGGUCAUGGAACGGCCAUCCCCCUGCAAAGAUCUGUGGGAUUAUGUGAUGCUUCAGGGAGGCUUCCUCAAAGAGGACAUAGCACGGUUUAUCAUGGCGCAGGCAACAAAGGCCGCUCACACGUGCUGUCAGCGAGGGGUACUUCACCGGGACAUCAAGCUGGAGAACCUACUGAUCCACCCAGAAACACUUGAGGUCAAACUGAUUGACUUCGGCUGUGGGGAUCUCCUGCAAGACUCCGGCUAUGAACGAUUUUGUGGAACACCAGAGUACUGCCCGCCUGAGUACUAUGUGGCCCACAGGUACCAUGGGAAACCAACAACUGUGUGGUCUCUGGGAGUGCUCUUGUUCAUGCUGGUGUGUGGACGCUACCCAGAACCCAGGGAUGUUGAACUGAUUGACUACGGCGUCUGGUUUGAGCCUGACUUGUCAAAUGAAUGCAGUCACCUGAUUCGAUCCCUGCUGAAUGAAAGCCCAAGCCGGCGGAUUGAUUUGGGGGAAAUCCUUCUACAUGAUUGGUUCAAGAUCACCAAACCAACAUGAAGGAAAUUGUAAAUAGUGGUAAACAGAGUAACGAGAGGUUGCUGUGAAAGCCGCUCCUGCCAUUUUUGU